GACAGCCACGUGUCCAAAACGUCACAGCUACUGGCGCCCAAUGAGAGCGCUACGGCCCCCGCCUAGGGACAAACCGCAUCCCUACGGCUCAGUGCGAGUUUAUGGAUUCGUACGCCGGAAGUGCUGAGGGGAGGCGAGUGUUUCCGGUUUACAUGCGGGGCAAUGCGCGGAAAGCAGCGCUAGGAACCAGCAGAUCAGAUGUUAUGUUCCGGAUCACCAAGGUGGAGCCUUCCUAUGGGCAGAAUGAACUGGGUCCAGCGGAAUAUCCUGCAGACUGUAAUGGAGUGGAAGAGAAACCCGACAUAACGAGGCUGGCCGGAAAGGCGGAAGCGGAGCGGCCGACCAAUGGCUGGGAGCCACAGCGGGAAUUCUCUGACGAGUGGAAGCCCUUCGAGCUGCAGCAGGGAAAGAUGGACAAAGAGAACUUGUUUGUGGGGUUCGACAUGGUGAGAAACGCAAAGCAUCUCCGGCAACUCUUGGCCAAGCCGGUUAGUCCGGUGGUUCAGCCCAUUCCCAAGAACCAAGGCUUUGCACCUAAGAAUAACGCACGGUUUCCACGCUGCUUGCCUAGCGGCGGCCAUGAUGGAAGGCUCCCUGAGCAGAACUCUGCCCGGCCUGUGCUAAACAGAAGGCAGUGCCAGUGCAACGUAUGUGGAAAGAGCUUCAUGUGGCUGUCGGCUCUGAAUAUACACAAGCGCAUACACACCGGCGAGAGGCCGUAUCAGUGCAGCACCUGCGGCCGAGGCUUUAGCCAAAAGACAAACCUCACCAGGCACCAAAGGAACCACACGGGGGAGAAACCAUAUGGGUGCACGGUGUGUGGGAGGCACUUUACCCAGAAACAACACUUGUCCAAACACACAAAGACUCACGAGCGGGUUCAGAGUUACCAAUGCACCGACUGCGGGAAAAGCUUCUUUAACCGCCAACAGUUAGUAAAGCACCGGAAAAUCCACUUGGACCCAAAGCUUUUCUCGUGCAAAGAAUGCGGCAUGUCCUUCCCGCUGAAGUCCAAUCUGAAAAUGCACCAAAAGAUGCACGCGAAGGAGCGCGUGGUGGCGGCUUUCGAACGGAAGAAGUCCCUGAAGGAAAAGAUGCUGGAUAAGUUACAGACCCGAGUGAAGUCGGAGCGGGAAAGUCCCGGGCCACCCAAAAGGUGCGAGACGGCCUUCAGCUGGAGAUCAGUAGGGCACCCAAAGAUGCACCCGCGGGAGAGGAAGUUUGUCUGUAACGAGUGCGGAAAGAGCUUCAGCUGGUGGUCUGCGCUUCUGAUGCACAUGAGAAUGCACACGGGGGAGAAACCAUAUAAGUGCAACAUGUGCGGGAAGGGCUUCCGAGGCUGCCAGUCGCUCACAAUCCACCAAAGGACUCACACAGGCGAGCGCCCCUAUAAGUGCAUGCAGUGCGGCAAGAGCUUUAGCCAGAGGCCCAACCUGGUGCGGCACCAGCGGAAACACACCGGGGAGAAACCCUACGUCUGCCCUCACUGCGGGAAGGGUUUCACUCAGAAACAACACAUGACCAAGCACCUCCAUGUCCAUUCGGCAGACAGGCAGCACAAGUGCAAGGAGUGCGGUGCGGCCUUUACGGACGCGGUGACGCUUGCCCAGCACAGGGUGGUCCAUGUUAAAGAGCAGCUUUGUAACUGUACUGUCUGUGGGAAGAACUUUAUCUGGCUGCCCAAUAGGAUCACCCCGCAGAAACGCCUGGGAAAAGCCAAACCGAAGAAAUGUCCGCAGUGUGAGAAGGUAGUGAGAAAGAGGCUUUCGCCGGGGAAAAGUCCGACCUUAGCCAUAAAGAAAGAGAAAGGCCGACCUCUACAGAAGCAAAAACUGAAACCCUUUCACUGCGAUCAGUGCGGCAAAAGCUUCGGCUGGUGGUCGGCCUUCAACAUUCACCAGCGGAGACACACUGGGGAGAAACCCUACGCCUGCACCGAGUGCGGCAAGAACUUUACAUGGUGGUCGGCCCUCAUUAUCCAUCAGCGCACCCACACCGGGGAGCGGCCCUUCCAGUGCCCGUCCUGUGGCAAGUGCUUCAGCCAGAAACCCAACCUCGUCCGGCACUUGCGCCGGCACACCGGGGAAAAACCCUAUCAUUGCAACGAGUGCGGGAAGAGAUUCACCCAGAAGCAACAUCUGUCCAAACACCAAAAUACUCACAGCCGAGGGGGAGGAGAUCUCAGGAAGGGGCCGCGGGCUCGGAAAAGGAUAACUGCCAGGACAGAACUUCCAAGGCGCUUGGAUUCCGAGAAUCUGUACAACGCUCUCCCCGCUACCGGGGGCUACAGCGACGCUUUACUGCGGCCGCCCAGUGAAUCACAUGCACUUCCCAAGCUGUUUUAUCGCACUAAGCGACCGUCUUAGUGGCCGUAUUCCCAGCGCCAUCUACUGGGCAGUGAGCGCAACAGCAGGGAGGCAAUUGUUACUAAAUAGUUAUUUUCUUAGAACUGAUGUGCCCUUCUGCAUAGAGAAAUGGAAACCUCAUGAUGCCCACGUGUUUUUUGUUACCAUUAAAGUAUUACUUGUGUUCAGUU